AGGAAAUCGUGUAGCGCAUGAGAAGACAAAAAGCUCACCAGUUUUGGGAGGUGAAGAGUGGAAUGUUCCUCUGGUUUUGGUUUUGAUUUUGAUUCUCCCGCUGGACAGAACCUGGUUUUGCUCUGUAGUCUGCUCUUCAAAUUCCCAAAAGACCAAAUUUUAGUACCUUCUCAAGCUUCAACAAUCUCCUCCUUCGUCUUGAAGCGGCUUUUACACUUUACAGUAACAAAAAAUGCAUUCCAAUCACUUGCUUCUCGAGGAGCCCAUUCGGAUGGCUUCCAUUUUGGAGCCUUCCAAGGCAAGCUCCUUUCCUGCAAUGACGAAAAUUGUUGGUACGCUGGGUCCUAAGUCCCGAUCUGUUGAAGUUAUUUCUGCUUGUCUGAAGGCUGGAAUGUCGGUUGCUCGGUUCGACCUUUCAUGGGGUGACCCGGAAUACCAUCAAGAGACUUUGGAAAAUUUGAGGGCGGCUGUUAAGAGAACCAAGAAGCUUUGUGGUGUUAUGCUGGAUACAGUGGGUCCUGAGGUGUUGGUUGUAAAUAAAAGUGAGAAAUCCAUCUCUCUUCAGGAAGAUGGGUUUGUUGUUUUAACACCCAAUCAAGAACUAGAGGCAUCUUCUGAACUUCUGCCGAUAAAUUAUGAUGAACUUUCAAAGGUCGUCAAGAAAGGAGACACCAUUUUUCUUGGUCAGUACCUCUUCACUGGAAGUGAAACUACUUCUGUCUGGUUGGAGGUUUCUGAAGUGAAAGGAGAUGAUGUUGUUUGUGAGAUAAAGAACUCUGCCACGUUGGUUGGAUCGAUGUACACUUUGCAUGCCGCUGAAAUUCACAUAGAUCUUCCUACACUUUCUGACAAAGAUAAAGAGGUUAUAGCUUCAUGGGGAGUAAAAAACAAGAUUGACUUCCUCUCUCUGUCGCAUACUAGACAUGCAGAAGAUGUUCGACAAGCUCGGGAAUUCCUUUCUAAGCUAGGUGACCUUAACCAAACUCAAAUAUUUGCAAAGAUUGAAAGUGUAGAGGGUUUAACCCAUUUUGAUGAUAUACUACAAGAGGCGGAUGGCAUUAUUCUUGCUCGUGGCAAUUUGGGGUUAGAUCUCCCACCUGAGAAGGUGUUCCUGUUUCAGAAAGCUGCCCUUUACAGAUGCAAUAUGGCUGGAAAGCCUGCUGUUUUGACUCGUGUGGUUGACAGCAUGACUAACAACUUGAGACCUACACGUGCAGAAGCUACUGAUGUUGCCAAUGCUGUACUUGAUGGAAGUGAUGCAAUUCUUCUUGGGGCUGAGACAUUGCGUGGAUUAUAUCCUGUAGAGACCAUAUCAACUGUUAGUAGAAUAUGUGCUGAGUCGGAGAAGGUUUUCAAUCAAGAUUUGUAUUUCAAGAAGACAGUCAAAUACGUCGGGGAACCAAUGACACACUUAGAAUCUAUUGCCUCAUCAGCGGUUAGGGCAGCCAUUAAGGUGAGGGCUUCAGUUAUUAUAUGCUUUACUUCAUCUGGAAGGGCUGCCAGAUUAAUUGCCAAGUAUAGGCCAACAAUGCCAGUUAUAUCUGUUGUCAUUCCAAGGCUGAAGACAGAUCAAUUAAAGUGGAGUAUGAGUGGGGCAUUUGAGGCUCGACAAUCUUUAAUAGUCAGAGGUUUGUUCCCUGUGCUUGCUGAUCCUCAACACCUAGCGGACUCAAACAAUGCAACGACAGAGUCGGUACUGAACGCUGCUCUUGAUCAUGGAAAGUUAGCAGGAGUCAUCAAGGCACAUGACCGUGUAGUCGUUUGCCAGAAAGUUGGAGAUGCAUCAGUCGUCAAGAUUAUCGAGCUUGAAGAUUAAAAUGCAUCUCGACCUCUUGAGUUGAGUCUUUGUCCCCUCCCCCUCCCCCUCCCUCCCCAAAUGCAUUUUUGAAGAGCACUUGGCCCUCAUGCAGUCACCUAAGACACGUAUACAAAUAUGGAGUUCGUAUAACCUGGUGAUGGUGAGUGAUUAUAUACGUAAAACAACUCUUGAUGUAUCAUUUUUGUCUUCUUAUAAGUCAUGAUAUUCAUGUAAAACCACCAUAGAUGAUUGAAGUUAUUAAACUGGUUGCUUUGCUUU